GCCAAAGUAUCCAAGACGCCCAGUUCCAGGGCCUACAUUCUACGAGAAGUUGAGAUGCUCUGGAAAGCCCGAGCCGGGCCUAAUAUCGUACAAAUUUUGGGCCAUAAACAGAACUUUCCUGGGCAUGGAGAUCAGACCCUCUUCCUCGAAUACUGCUCCCACGGGGAUUUAGUCGACUACAAGAAUUAUGUCCGCCGCAGGGAUGCCAUUCUCCACGUGCCCGAAGAGCUCGUCUGGCACGUUUUCAUACAACUCUCAGAGGCGCUAGACUUCCUCCAUAACGGGCCCCGUGGCGCAGAACGAGACGACUGGAUGCCGAUCACGCAUUGGGACAUCAAACCGACGAACAUCCUCAUAUCAUCCGGGCGUACAGAUAUGUGCCCGCAGAUAAAGCUUGCGGACUUCUCCCGAUCAAGCAUUCCUGAACUCCUGAAAAGCCACACAUCAAUCACCUAGGCGACAUAUGGGCCGUAGGCGCCGUGAUCCAUUGGUUGACUCUUGGAACGCCUCCGAUCGAUCGCAAGGACUAUCAGAACUUGCGGGAUUUUGAACGUCAGUGCGAACGCGUUGGCUACGAUGUAUAUCCGAUUGAUCUCUCGAAAGAUGAAUGGGUCGCAAAGUACAAAGACGGGGAAUCA